CUAAGUGUCAGGGGAUUUGGUGUGAUCCCAGGUCCCUUUUCUCCUUGAAGCCUGCUUAGUGGAGGUUGGGCUUGGUGGACACUCUUCAUGAUGGACAUGUAACCCCAAGCAGGGCUUUGUGGUGUGUGGGGGUUAAAACUCACAUGGCUGCAGCCAGUGUGGCUCCCCCUGGCUCCCUAGACCUGCUACAGCCUGGCUUCUCCAAGACCCUCCUGGGGACCAAGUUAGAAGCCAAGUACCUGUGUUCGGCGUGCAGAAACAUCCUGCGGAGGCCCUUCCAGGCCCAGUGUGGUCACCGCUAUUGCUCCUCCUGCCUGAACAACAUCCUCAGCUCCGGGCCUCAGAAUUGUGCUGCCUGUGUCCAUGAAGGCCUGUAUGAAGAAGGCAUUUCUAUUUUAGAUAGUAGUUCGGCCUUUCCAGAUAAUGCUGCCCGCAGGGAGGUGGAGAGUCUGCCAGCUGUCUGUCCCAAUGAUGGGUGCACCUGGAAGGGAACCUUGAAAGAAUAUGAGAGCUGCCAUGAAGGACAAUGCCCGUUCCUGCUUACCGAGUGUCCUGCGUGUAAAGGCCUGAUCCGCCUCAGCGAGAAGGAGCAUCACACUGAGCAAGAAUGCCCCAAAAGGAGCCUGAGCUGCCAGCACUGCAGGGCACCCUGUAGCCGUGAAGACCUGGAGGCGCACUAUGAAGUCUGCCCUAAGUUCCCCUUAACCUGUGAUGGCUGUGGCAAGAAGAAGAUCUCUCGGGAGAAGUUUCAGGACCAUGUUAGAGCAUGCAGCAAGUGUCGGGUUCCCUGCAGAUUCCACACCGUGGGCUGUCCUGAGAUGGUGGAGACUGAAGACCUGCAGGAUCACGAGGUGCAGAGGCUGCGGGAACACCUGGCCCUGUUGCUGAACUCAUUCCUGGAGUCCCCAGCCUCACAGGGAAGCCAAAGCCAGGUGGGGCCGGAGCUGCUGCAGCGGUGCCACACUUUGGAACAGAAGACGGCUACCUUCGAGAACAUUGUCUGCGUCCUGAACCGGGAGGUAGAGAGGGUGGCAGUGACUGCAGAGGCAUGUAGCCGGCAGCACCGGCUAGACCAGGACAAGAUAGAGGCCCUGAGUAACAAGGUGCAGCAACUAGAGAGGAGCAUUGGCCUCAAGGACCUGGCCAUGGCCGACCUGGAGCAGAAGGUCUCAGAGUUGGAAGCAUCCACCUAUGAUGGAGUCUUCAUCUGGAAGAUCUCAGACUUUGCCAGAAAGCGCCAGGAAGCUGUAGCUGGCCGUACACCCGCCAUCUUCUCCCCAGCCUUCUACACAAGCAGAUAUGGCUACAAGAUGUGUCUGCGCGUCUACCUGAAUGGCGAUGGCACUGGACGGGGAACGCACCUGUCUCUCUUCUUCGUGGUGAUGAAAGGUCCCAAUGAUGCCCUCCUGCGGUGGCCUUUCAACCAGAAGGUAACAUUGAUGUUGCUGGACCAGAACAACCGGGAGCAUGUCAUCGACGCAUUCAGACCUGAUGUUACCUCAUCCUCCUUCCAGAGGCCUGUCAGUGACAUGAAUAUCGCCAGUGGCUGCCCCCUCUUCUGUCCUGUGUCCAAGAUGGAAGCCAAGAAUUCCUAUGUGCGGGACGAUGCUAUCUUCAUCAAAGCUAUUGUGGACCUAACAGGACUCUAGCCACCCCUACUAUAGCAGCUCAGUGAGGAGCUGCCACACUGGGCCAGGGCCCUGCCACACAUGGGUGGGCAGGCUUGGUGCGAGUGCUGGGAAGGGCCUCAGCCUAAAGCCAGUCACCAUCACAUGGAAAGGCAGGAAGGAGCCUCCAGUUGGUCCUCAACUGGUAGACUGAGUGGACGGUCCAUUCAGCUCAGGGUCCUUGUGGGACCAGCUGGUGGGGUCUUCUCGGCUUUCCAGUAGAAAAGCUCUUGCUUUUCUGUCUGGGGAAGGGAGAGGCCCUUGGGUGGGGUACUCAGAAAGAGCCUCUCUCAAGAGCUUCAGAGCUACACCAGAGACAAGAGUGGUAGUUGACCUUACCCACUCUUGGAAAAGAGGUAGGGGCUGCACAGGAGAAGGGCAUCCACCCACAAAGCAUAGCCCAGGAAAGAGACGUAGGCACACCGGAGAGGAGCCUGCCUGGGCUGCACAGCCCUGCCAGGUGGCCUGUACUGGGGAGAAGUGAUUAAACUAUUCGAUGUCUGUGA